CUCGCCGACGAUCAUGAAGGCCGUCUCGCUUUUUCAGAACUCUCGGGCGUAUUGGCUAGCGUUUGUGGUCUACUGGGGGAUCGUGCUGUUCGGUUAUGAUACCGGUGUCGGCGGUGGCGUCGUGUCCUCCAAGCACUUCAAGGAAGCGUUCGGCAUUAUCAAGGACGGCGUCGAGGACACGCACAAGUCGAAUGAGGUCUCGUCGAACGUAGUGUCUGUACUUCAAGCAGGAGCCUUCUUCGGCGCGCUGGGCAGUGCACCGCUGUCUGCACGAGUUGGACGGAGGAGUACUCUGUUGCUCUUUAGCUUGGUGUUCGUCGUUGGUGCAAUCCUCACCGUCGUCGCCAACGGCGGCAGCAAGGGUCUCUCAGAGAUCUACGCCGGUCGCGUCAUCUCUGGUUUCGGUAUCGGUGGUGUCAGUGCGGUCUCCCCUGCCUACGUCUCUGAGUGCGCCCCGAAGGAGGUCCGCGGUCGUAUAACCGGCAUGUUCCAAAUCAUGGUUGCCUUCGGUGUCAUGAUUUCGUACUUCGUCAAUUACGGCGUCGGUCUUCAUCAAGUCGGUGUCGCGGUAUGGAGGAUACCAUUCGCCAUUCAGCUCAUCCCAGCGGGUAUCAUGGCCGUCGGACUCCUCACUCUCAAGGAGUCGCCACGUUGGCUCGUCCAAGUCGGCCGCGAAAAGGAAGCGCUCGCCAACAUCGCCUACCUGCGCAAGAAGCAGGUCGACGACGAAUCAGUGGUUAUUGAGCUGGCCGAAAUCGAAGCCGCCGUCCGCGAAGAGCGUGAAGCUAGGGCCAACCUCGGCUUCAAGGAGGCUUUCCUUGGGAAGGGCAACUGGCCACGAUUCGUUAUCGCCUUCGUCAUCUUCCUGCUCCAGCAGUGGUGUGGGCAGAACUCGGUCAACUACUACGCGCCCCAGAUCUUCGCCUCCAUCGGCUAUACCGGCACGAAGAACAGCUUGCUCGCCAGCGGCAUCUACGGCGUCGUCAAAGUCGUCGCCACCGCCAUCUUCGUCUUCUUCGGCGUCGAGUGGCUGGGGCGCAAGCUCUCGUUGUUCAUCUCUGGCCUCGGCAUGGGCACGCUGUUCUUCAUCAUCGGUGCGAUCCUGAAGACGCACCCGCCGCCUGCAACGAGCGCGUCGGACGAUUCGAACGUGGGUACGCCGUCGCAGGCAUCACAGGCUAUGGCGGCGAUGCUGUACAUCUACGUUUGCUUCUACUCGAUGGGAUGGGGACCGCUUCCAUGGCUCUACGUUUCUGAGAUCUUCCCGACGCGCACGCGGCAUUAUGGGAUGUCGGUGGCGAGUGCGAGCCAGUGGUUGUUCAACUUUGUCCUCUCGAAGGUAACGCCCGACAUGGUCAGCGACCUCGACUGGAAGCUCUUCAUGAUGUUCGCGACGAUCGACAUCGGCGGCCUGGGCACCUUUGCCCUCCUGAUUCCCGAGACGCGGGGACGCUCCCUCGAGGAGAUGGAUGUUGUCUUUGGCUCCGUCGAACAAAGCAAGCGUGAAGCCGACAUCACAGAGCGGCAACGCGCGCUGGACGAGCAACAGCCCUCGUCCGUGCACUCCGAAACCGUCGAUGCGAAAGCUUGAACGCUAUUCACGU